AAGGCGGGACUUGCUCAAAAUGUGCUGGAAAAAAUAACGCGUUGAAACGCGCUACUACGUGCGCACGCGCAGUUUAGUUUUUAUUCCAAACGGGCGCUUCUGGGCGGAGAUGAUCCGUGGUGCCUGCUGCAGAAAUAUCUGCUAAUCAACAAUCCCGGUGAUGCUCAGUGCAGAAGACUGACAUGGCAAUGGCUGUGCUGUCUUGCCAUCACACUAACCCGUAACUUGAGCAGCCCAACUAAUCGAUAAUGUGUUUCUCAGAGGACCAUGAGUUGAUCUGCAGGAAAAUGCAGGAACUGACGUCACAUUCGUUUUUGAUCACAUAUGAAUCCCUGAAGUCUUUCCAUCACCACUGUUUGAACUGUUUUCUGUAAUCGCUUUGAAUUCACAUAUGGUGCCCACGUACCACUGACUUGUAAAUAAAGGGAGACCCUUUUUGGAAUAAAGUGCCAUUUUUACACAUCGCUUUUACUGGUUACUGCAUUUGGUUGCCUUUUUUUUAUGCAAGUUUUGGUCUUCAACUGGUUCCAUCAUAAGGGAAAAUGGAGGUCAAUAUGGAAUAUAUUGUGGGACAGGUGAUGCAAAAAGACCUGGGACGGCGACUCCAGGUUGGACAGGAGAUCAUAGACUACAUUCUGGACAGGCAGAAGUCACAUGAUCUAGAGCAAGACCAGACCAUGCUCGACAGGAUGGUGGACAGUGUGGCUACUUCAUGGGUCAACUCUAGCAACUUCAAGGUCGCACUUCUGGGAAUGGACAUUGUGUCUGCUUUAGUGACCAGAUUACAAAAUCGCUUUAAAUCCCAAAUUUUAACAGUUCUGCCCAGUUUAACAGAUCGUUUAGGUGAUGCUAAAGACCAAGUAAGAGACCAAGCCCAGGCUCUUCUACUAAAAAUCAUGGAUCAAGCUGCAAAUCCACAGUAUGUGUGGGAUCGAAUGUUGGGAGGAUUCAAACACAAGAACAACAGGACCAGAGAGGCUGUCUGUUUUUGCCUUAUUUCUACACUAAACAUAUAUGGAGCCCAGGGUUUAACUCUGAGCAAGAUUGUGCCUCACAUAUGCCACCUAUUAGGAGACCCUACAAGUCAGGUUCGAGAUGGAGCUAUGAACUGCCUUGUGGAGAUUUACAGACAUGUAGGAGAGAAAGUGCGAAUGGAUCUGGGGAAAAAAGGGUUGCCACAAUCUCGGUUGAAUGUCAUUUUUAGCAAAUUUGACGAAGUAAAUCGAUCAGGGAAUAUGGUGCUGUCUGCAGAUAAGAACAUAGAUGAUGACGACUCUGUGGAUGGAGGCCGUUCCUCUGCCUCAUCUAAAGGCGCAUCGUCUGUUCGCCGAACUGGAUCCAUGCGCAGGCCAAGCUCCGCCUCCAGCACCAAGAGCACAGGAAAAGAGGUUUCAAGUGCUGGUGCUGUGGAUGAAGAAGACUUCAUCCGAGCCUUUGAGGAUGUGCCCACCCUACAGAUUUACUCCAGCAGAGAGCUUGAGGAGUCCAUGAAUAAAAUCAGAGAGGUCCUCUCAGAUGAAAAGCAAGACUGGGAGCACAGAGUGACUGCGCUGAAGAAGGUGCGUUCAGUGCUUCUCGCCAGAGCCACUGAUCAUGAAGCAUUCCUACAACAACUGCGGCAGCUGGAAGGAGCGUUUAAGCUCUCUGCGAAAGACUUGCGCUCUCAAGUUGUCCGUGAGGCCUGCAUCACACUGGGGCAUCUGUCGUCUGUGCUGGGUAACAAGUUUGACCAUGGAGCUGAGUCCAUCAUGCCCACUUUGCUCAAUUUGGUACCCAAUAGUGCUAAAGUAAUAGCCACAUCUGGUGUAGCAGCAAUACGACUUAUUAUACGACACACACACUAUCCUCGACUUAUCCCCAUCCUUACCAGUAACUGCACGUCCAAAUCUGUGGCUGUCCGGCGGCGCUGUUACGAGUUUUUAGACCUUUUACUCCAGGAAUGGCAGACAAGCUGUCUGGACAGACAUGUAGCUGUACUGAUGGAGACUAUUAAGAAAGGAGUCCAUGAUGCAGACUCAGAAGCGAGAUCUGUUGCCAGAAAGUGUUAUUGGGGAUUUCACAGCCACUUCAGUAAGGAGGCAGAGCAACUGUUUCAGGCCCUUGAGCUGACCUAUCAGAAGGCACUGCAGUCUCAUCUAAAGGCCUCGGACAGUGUUACGUCUCUCCCCCAAUCUGAUCGUUCCUCCUCCAGCUCUCAAGAGAGCCUCAAUCGUCCACAGUCUGCUAAAGCAUCUGUACAAAGCAGCAUAACCAGAAAUAAAGUGGUCAGCUCUAGAGUGUCCUCUACACCUGGCUCAUUGCAGCGCUCACGCAGCGAUGUCGAUGUCAAUGCUGCCGCUACCGCCAAGUCUCGAAUGCCCAAAGUACCCGCUGCUGCUCCCUUCAGCUCAGCCGGUGCACUGCCGCCUGGCUCCUAUGCCUCACUAGAUGCAACUCCUGGUAAUUGGGAGGGUCGUGUACGCACACGGAGGCAGAGUUCUGGCAGCAGCGUUGGAGGUGGAUCCUCUGUUAAAGACAGUCGGGGGCGGAGCCGAGCGAAAGUGGUGUCGCAGUCACAGCGAUCCAGAUCAGCAAACCAAGCAGGUGGUAAGACUCACGCUGGGAGUCGUUCCAGUUCUCCUGGGAAGCUUAUUGGUCAGUCCUAUGGCAAAGUGUCCUCUGUGACCCCAUCCGAGAAGCGCAGUAGGAUCCCACGCAGUCAGGGCUGCAGCCGAGAGAGCAGCCCUGGUCGCUCGGGCCAGGUGCGGGGUAGUCGCAUCCCACGUCCCAGUAUGAGUCAGGGUUGCAGUCGUGACACAAGCAGGGAAAGCAGCAGAGACACAAGUCCUGCACGGGGUUUUACUCCCCUUGUGUCUCGGCGUCACUCACGCUCCACCAGUGCCCUGACAAGCGGUGACGCCCUGCAAACAGAUCGUUUUGGGCUGAUCCAUCAGGCACGAAUCUCAGCCUCAGUCAACGCCAUGCGCAUUCUGAACACAGGCAUGGAAGUGGAGGCAGCAGUGGCUGAUGCUCUGCUAUUAGGAGACUCCAGAAAUCAGCGGAGGCCAGUGCGGCGCUGGUACGAGUCUCCUGGUAUGUACUCGGACGAUGAUGCCAACAGCGACGCCUCUAGUGCCUGUUCAGAGCUUUCCUAUAGCUCUCGUAACGGAGGAGUGCCGCACUACAUGCGUCAGACGGAGGACGUCGCUGAGAUCCUAAACCACUGUGCCAGUUCCAAUUGGUCUGAGAGGAAAGAAGGCCUGGUGGGUCUCCAGAACCUUCUGAAGAGCCAAAGAACCCUCAGCCGUGUGGAACUCAAGAGGCUGUGUGAGAUUUUCACUAGGAUGUUUGCUGACCCUCACAGCAAGAGAGUGUUCAGCAUGUUCCUGGAAACGUUGGUGGACUUCAUCGUGCUGCAUAGGGAGGAUUUGCAGGACUGGCUGUUUGUGCUCCUGACACAGCUGUUAAAGAAGAUGGGUGCUGAUCUGCUGGGCUCAGUGCAGGCUAAAGUGCAGAAAGCCCUCGAUGUCACCAGGGAUUCUUUUUCCUACGAUCAGCAGUUCAACAUCUUAAUGCGCUUUAUUGUUGAUCAGACACAAACUCCAAAUCUUAAGGUGAAGGUGGCCAUUCUGAAGUAUAUCGAGUCUCUGGCCAGGCAAAUGGAUCCCACCGAUUUUGUAAACUCCAGUGAGACGCGACUAGCCGUCUCCCGCAUCAUCACCUGGACAACGGAGCCGAAAAGCUCGGAUGUCAGAAAAACCCUGCACAGCUGGGUAAGUGAGGAGCUGGCAGGCAGGCUAAGCUCACUCACUUCCCUCCCCGUGGAGGGCAAUCUGGAGGAAAGAUGUAAGCAGGCUGCACAGGUGGUGCUGAUCUCCCUAUUCGAACUAAACACACCAGAGUUCACUAUGCUGCUGGGAGCGCUGCCUAAAACCUUCCAGGACGGCGCCACCAAACUCCUGCAUAAUCACCUAAAGAACUCCAGCAAUACUGCAGCCACGAGUUCACCGAGCAACACAGUGAGCCGCACACAUCCAAGACUCUCUGGUUCCCGCACCAGCCCCUUGACGUCUCCUACGAACUGCUCUCAUGGAGGACUCUCACCCAGUCGUAUAUGGGGCUGGAGUUCGAACGGUCUAUCUAAGGCCCCGUGUCCCUUCACCCCCCCUCCCUCUGGCCCUGGCACCCCCCCUCUCCGCCCUGGGCGCCAGGCCCCCUCGCCCAGCAUGCUGGAAUACGACACAGAGAACAUGAACUCAGAGGAGAUCUACAGCUCUCUGAGAGGAGUCACUGAAGCCAUUCAGAGCUUUAGCUUCCGCAGCCAGGAGGACAGCUAUGAGCCAAUCAAACGUGACACCAAGAAAGAUGAUGCUAGUGCAGUAGCAUCCUCAGCUGCAGACACCCGGCUAUGUACAGACGUGGUGGAGGGAGGCCGAAUGGCUCUCGAUAACAAGACCUCUUUACUGAACACACCAUCUCCUCGCUCAUUCCUGGGGCCAAGGACACGCGAGUACAACCCCUACAACUACACCGACUCCACCAGCACUUAUGAUAAAGCUGCUUUGAAGGAGGCAGUGUUUGACGAUGAUGCGGAACAGCUCCGUGAUGGUCGUCGUCAAGAGUUUGGUGAAAACAAAAUCUUGGCUCCCAAAAGUUACUCUGCAGGCCCGGCACAGCAUUUGGAGCUAGUUGGUGACCUCCUGAAAGAGCUGUCUAAUCACAGUGAUCGUGUGGACGAGAGGCGAGCUGCCCUGUUAGAGCUUUUGAAGGUGACCCGUGACGACAGUGUAGCCGUAUGGGAGGAACAUUUUAAAACCAUGCUGCUUCUGCUCCUUGAGACACUGGGGGACAAAGAUCAUACCAUCCGGGCACUGGCUCUGCGUGUUCUAAAAGAGAUCCUGCGAAGUCAACCAGCACGCUUCAGGAACUAUGCAGAACUGACCAUUAUGAAAACGCUGGAGGCACACAAAGACUCUCACAAAGAGGUGGUACGUGCUGCAGAGGAGGCUGCCUCUACCUUGGCUUCCUCCAUCCACCCAGAGCAGUGCAUAAAGGUGCUGUGUCCAAUCGUACAGACUUCAGACUACCCCAUCGACCUGGCCGCAAUUAAAAUGCAGACCAAGGUCAUUGAGCGCAUUCCAGAGGAGUCUCUUUAUCAGCUGCUGCCUGACAUCAUCCCUGGCCUACUACAGGGUUAUGAUAACACUGAGAGCAGCGUGCGGAAAGCCAGUGUCUUCUGCCUUGUUGCAAUUUAUUCUGUGAUUGGAGAAGGGUUGAAGCCUCAUCUUGCCCAACUGACAGGCAGCAAGAUGAAACUGCUGAACCUCUACAUCAAACGAGCCCAAAAUACCAACAGCAACAGCAGCAGCUCCUCUGACAUCUCCUCCCACAGCUAAUCCAAUCAAAUUCUAAACCAAUCAUAACCUCAUGCCCAGUCCAAUCUUACUGAAAUGUGUCAGGUCUCAUCAGAACAGCCCAACCCACAUUCUGAGGUCUUCCUGUAAUAAAAUUACAAUGGUUUUUAUUUGAAUCCCUCAUAAAACCCAAAUCUGCAGUAAAAUUAUAUGUCAAGACGUGCAUUCGGAAAUGUGACGUUGCUUUUUCCGGUUUGGGUCCAUGUUCCAGUAUGCAUUAUAAUAUAGGGGUCCCUUGUAUUACCGUACUCCUGAAUGUGUGUGUAAUGUAUCAGGCAUUAACGAGAGCAGUUGUGCCUCAGUCCAGUGGUCCUGUUUGUCUUUAUUUUCUUAUAGGCUGAUCUAUUUCUAUUGAAGGAAUAUGCUUGCAUUUUUUAACUUAAUCUCUCCACAUCUACAGAUAUAUAUAAUGACUACAGACAAUUUUGGAAAAUACUGAAAAAAGAAAAGAAACCCAACGGAAAGAUUUGUAGCCUAAAAUGUAUGUCUAGGGGCAAUUGUUUUUCUUUGCAGACAAAUGUUAAGAGCACUUUUGUGAAUUUUUAAAUCAAAAGCAUUUAAGCUCAAAUCUGCACAAUUGAGCCUGUUAGAAACAGGACUAGCUUUUGUGAGGGAAAUAUUUAUUGUUCGGUAUGUGACGUCUCUUUAACUCUAGGAAAACAUCAAAGUGGGCUGGUUUUCACCUGAUGGCACAAAAUUGUAUGUGAAGUAUCUAAAGUAUCUUAUGGAUUUUUACUGUUGCUGCAGUGUUAAAACCUAGUGUAACACUACCUUUUAUUUUUGUACUAUUCUAACCUGUUCAUUGCUACAGCCUAUACUGGUUAGAAUUCUUGUUUUAUUGCCUUGUACUUUAAACAUUAAUUUACGGCGACAACAAUUGCCCUUAGACUCCUGUUAAAAGUGUAACUUUUUUCAGUAAAGAAAACUUUGGAGCCUGGACCGCCACUAAGAAAUGGUUUCCUUAUACAACUACUGUAUGGGGAAACUUUUGUGCUUGGACCCCUACCAAGAUUACACAUACAUGAACUACAGAUUUGGUGUACAGAGAUUAGAUUGAAAAAUUCUGGAGUAUUACUUUAAGCCUUUUUUUUUUCAAACAUCAGUGCCGUUUUAAAACUUUUAUUUAUUUAUUUAUUUUUUACUUUUUUUUAUUUGCUGUAGCUGGUGGCAGUUUAAAAUCAAUUUUAUGACAAAAUUCCAGUAACGACAUUUAUGAUUGGCUGAUCAGCUACUGCAUUAUUGUUAGCUUGUGAAAAAGACCUUUUAGUAAACAUAAGGCAUAGCUAAUAUGUUAUUCCUAUGUAGGGUUAGUAAUAGAUAUCUUUAUCUCUGCUGCCUCAAAUGUCUGGAAAAUUCUGUUGCAUGUCAAUCAUUUGGACAGACAAAAUAAACUCUCCUUUGGGGGAUCAUUUAAUGCUAAAAAUAUGCAAAAACACAGAUUGUAUUUGUACAGUAAUUGUCAAUUUUGUCCAUUAAGAAGGAAAAAACAGAUGAAGGAUGAAAGUACACCUGGUUCAUUCUUAAGAAAAAACUAUGGACUGAGCAUAUCCUGUUAUAUUUGCUUGACGAUCAUUUGGCUUGUUUAGUACCUUAAGAAAGACUGUUUAGAAUAAUAUAGAAAUUAGAUUUCCUUUAUAUUUGAUUUUAAAGAUCAAGUACAUGUAUUUAAAUAGACUGUGGAUAUCAGAUGUGCUCAAUUUGAAGCGAACUUCUUUAUCAGUGAACUUUGCUCUUAAUGAUAUUCAGAGACCCAAAGGAGACUUUCACCUAAAACUGAGUUUAAAAUGCAUUCAGCCUUUUUUUAUCAGGUUCAAAUACUGCAGUGAAUUGACAAUUCUGCUCCAAUACUACACAGUAUAUUUAGUGCAAAAUCUAAUUUUUUUUUUUUAGAGCAAUAAUUCUAAAUUGAUCCAAAUUGGAUUUACUUUUAACCAAACCACUUAUCCAAUUUUAUGGUUGUGGGAAAGUUUUGUGCCUGUAUGGCCUUUUAAAGUUCUUCCUUACACAAAGCUGCGUUAUAAUAGAACCCUGGCUCUUUAGUUAUUACACUUUGCGCUCUUGAAUGCUGAAUGUUGGUAUGUCUGCUGGCUUGUUACCCAUUAGGCAAUGUUCAUAAGGUGUUUUCAGAGUCAAAAAAGGUCUCAGUUGAACGGUUAGAGAAUAAAGACGUCUCCUUAGCAGGAAACUCUUUAAAAAAACUAUUUGCCCAGGAUGUUUGUGUAUUUUGUCUUUAUGUCACUGUGAAACCAGAUAAAAAAGCCCUUUAGGUUCAAUCCUGGUUAGCAUAAUGUCUUGAAUUCAAUAUAUUUAAAAGGAAAUAGCUGUCUAUAGCAUUGGUUGGGUCCAGGGACCCCAAGGGGGUUGUGAUUUAUUCAUUUUGUUAUAGUGGUGAAAAUCUCAGUUCACUUUUAUUCUAAUUACUGUAUUAUUCUUACAUUUGUCUAGUUGUUAUAAAGCUCUGUGCCUCUUAUAAAUAAUAAAAAACAAUCCAGUAUAUAUAAAUAAUGAACCUAUUAAUUAAAUAAGUUUGGUUAUGCUCAUAAAUCAGUGCUAAGGGAUCUCUAGAGUUUAUUUUCUAGAAAAUAUUUUUUGAGAGCCCCUGGUCUAGACCUAACACUACCAGACAGAUACUAAUCACAGUGUAUUAGUAUUAAGUCAGAAAACAUUAAAACAUCACUGCACAGAAUAAAAUGAAAAAAUAAAAUAAAAACAGUAUCUAUGCAAGUGAAAAAAGGCAAACUCAUGUAAUAUGUAUAAUUAUGAGAUAGUAAAUAAAAAGUAAAAUCGUUCUUAAUUAUUUCUAUGGUGUUUAUUUCUGUUCUAAUCAGUGGAUAAUUUAGCGUCUUUAUGGAAAAAAAAAAACUUUGAAAUAAGCAGAAUUAUCCACUGUUUGUCAUUUUCAAGUUAAAGAAUAGGCCUAAUAACCAUCUAAAUUACAGAAUCUGCCUUUAUUCAAGAUUUCUUCUUGCUUAGGUGGUAUGUGUAGGAAAUGUUUGGAUGGACCAUCCUGAGAAGUUCCUCCUGCAUGCACGUAAAAGCAUGCGUGUUUUAGCAGUUGCUUUAAGAGAAUCUCAUAUUCUGGAUCACAAUCUGUUCUGAUGUAUACACAGUACUGUAAUGACGUGUGCAGUAUGCAGCAUCAUACUGUAGCUGACUGAGUAAUAAUCCUGGCUGUGUGUAUACUGUAGAUAUGUUUACAUGGAUACUUUGCUACGUCCUCAGGCUUCAGUUACAAAUGUCUAGAGGGGCUCAAUGCUUUAUACGUUCCUUUCCCUUACUAUUCACUCUUCACUACUACUAAAGAAAAGUGUGUGUGUGUGUGUGUGUGUGUGUGUGUGUGUGUGUGUGUGUGUGUGUGUGUGUGUGUGUGUGUGUGUAUGUGUAUGCGUGAGUGUGUAAAGGAAAAGCCAGUGUUUCGAUGGACUGUUACAAUGGCAGCCAGAACAAAAAAAAGUUUUUUUCAGCUUUUGCUGAUGUAUUAAAAUAUUAGCCGCAGCCUAUCGCUUUACUGUGCAUGCCUUUUGUUUAGCUGCUCUUAUUUAAUAUCCAUAUCUGUAUUUAUGUCUUUUAUUUUGUGUGUGUUCCAGCAACUGUACAUAAAGAUCUGUUGUUUUUUUUUGUUAAACUUCCACCUGUGAUAGAAUCUGUAAACUCCAUUUGCUCUAGAUAAAGCAAAACCCUCAGUUUUC